AUGGAUACAGAUUGCAUUGCUGUACAGGGAUUCACUAGUCAUUGUCCAUACGAGUUGCGACUGUCGAGGCAUUUACACGAAAAUCGCCAGACUCUACCUCAUCUCAUCUCAAAAAGACCAAAGAACAUUUAUAGUGAUCGAUAUAUUCCAUCACGGCUAACCACAAAGCUCGACAAUGGAUUUGAAUUAAAAGCCGAUUCGCCAUGUCAAUCCAGCAACCAAAAUCUUAAUGAUGGAACAUACGGACAUCAAGGUGGUUUAAUCACAACCACGCUUCCUGCUGGGGAUAACAGUUCGAAAAACCAGCAGUCAGAAAUAUCGACCCAAUCUCCUUACUCAAUAAUGCUUAGACGUGAGCUUUUGGGGAUCCAUUCAAUUGAACAUACGACUUUGGGCGGCAGUAAAUCGUUUGCAGGAUCGAGCGCAUCAACUCACGAUCAAACGCGUACAAUUCAUGACCCACGGCACUCUCCAAUAUAUGAUGGCAACACGUGCACAACACAGAAUCGCAGCUCAUCCGGCAAUACAUUGCGCUUUAAAGCUCCACGACCUUCAUUGUACGGAGAUAUGAGAAUGUAUACUCCUCAGUUGGGACUUUCAGCCUCUUCACAUCGUUUUCUUAGCGAUAACCUUCAAGAGAGAGGAUCUCAGCAUCGACGAAUUGCACGCACACCGUUCAAAGUGCUGGAUGCGCCAUCGCUGCAAGACGAUUUUUACCUUAACCUUGUAGACUGGUCUACCACAAAUGUUGUUGCCGUUGGUCUCAGCUCGUGUGUCUAUCUCUGGAGUGCUUGCACCGGUAAAGUGACCGUACUUUGUGAUCUUGGGCCAAACGAUGUCGUCACAUCUGUCAGUUGGAGUCAUCGCGGUACACAUUUAUCGGUCGGAACCAACAGUGGAGAGGUGCAGAUCUGGGACGUCAGUGCUGCAAAAAAAAUUCGCACUAUGACAGGUCACUUAGCUCGCGUAGGAGCUUUAGGCUGGAACGGCCAAUUAUUGGCAUCCGGAAGUCGAGAUCGUAGUAUCCUCGUGCGCGACUUACGAGCGCAGGAGGAAUUUCAGAACAAAUUGGCAGGUCAUAAGCAAGAAGUUUGCGGUUUGAAAUGGUCUUUUGAUGGACGGCAAUUGGCGACAGGAGGCAAUGACAACAAACUGCUGAUUUGGGAUGUACAGACCAUGUCAUCAGGUCUCACCAGCGAUGCCACGAUGCCUCUUGUGCGCUUUGACGAACAUUCAGCGGCAGUGAAAGCAAUUGCAUGGUCGCCACAUCAACAUGGACUUUUGGCCUCCGGUGGUGGUACAGCAGACAGGUGCAUUCGUUACUGGAACACACAGUCAUUGACUCCAUUAUCUCACAUCGACACUGGUUCGCAAGUGUGCAAUCUUAUGUGGUCAAAAAACGCAAAUGAAGUCGUCAGCACACACGGCUAUUCGCUAAAUCAAAUCAUUGUGUGGAAGUAUCCAAACAUGGCCAAGCUCGCAACGCUCACGGGACACACGUUUCGCGUGCUUUACCUUGCCAUGUCACCUGACGGACAGACGAUCGUAACAGGGGCGGGUGAUCAAACCUUACGUUUCUGGAAUGCUUUUCCAAGUACAAAAGGUCACUGUGGCAGUCGAUUAGGGACAGACUUGAUGUUGCGGCUUAGCGUUGGGAGCGAAAUCCGAUGA